UUCAUUAGAUUUUCGGUCGUCGGCGAGUCGACAACGACGAUAACGCAAUAAUAAUAAUAAUAAUAAUAUUUUAUCAUUUCGGAUCUUUGUCGUUGUCAUUACGAUCGGCAAUGAUAGGACAAUGUACUUAAGUACAGUCGUGGCCACGGUGGUUGUUUUGUUAUUGUCGUGACGACUAUCGGUAUUCACAACAACAUCAACAACAAUAACAACAAUAAUAAUAAUAAUAUGAUGACGACGAUGUUGAUGAUAACGAGUGAUACGGAAUAGCAAGUCGAGCAAGCUGCGUACCGGCGGCGAUCCGCAUUAUUGCUGAUAAGAACCGUCCGUACCUACAAUAGGUACCUACUUGGCGACAAUUCGAAUGAGUCGCUCUGCCGUUGCUGGUGCUUGCCGCUGUGUUGCCGCCGAUUGACAGGAAUUGCCGUCAUUGCGCGUCGUUUCCGUGUCCCGACGAGCCGGAAGUGGUAGCGUCGUCAUGUCGCCCACCAGACAUCAUCCACGAACGUCGACGAGCCGUCACCAGUGAUCCGCCCCCUUUGCGAUCCCUAAGAAACCAUGGCCGGGCCCGUCGUCGUCGCUUCGGUCCUGCUGCUGUUAUUGAGCACGGCCCAUGCGUCCGCUGUCGAUUCGCUGCUGGCCGAACCGUCGUGUGUCGAUUACUUGAAAUUGAGAUGUGCCAAUGCGGGCACUGCGGCUGUGUCAAAACUUGACAUUCUGGAAUGCAUACAGCUCUACGAGGAUUCCGAUUUUUCGGGAAACUGUCCAAAAGCCAUAUGGACUCAUUUAAAAAAGUUUAUGGCAAAAGAAAAUCUUCGAGCUGUACUAUGGCCAAAAUGUAGAUAUGAAAUUGAAAAACUCAACUGCGAACGAGAUAAGAAUUGGUUUGGUUGCAUAGUUGACAAAAAACAGAGCAUUAGAAAUAAUGACUGUCUUCAUUUAAUAAUGCGAAUAGAAAAUAUAGCAUUUUCUGAUUUUAGACUAAUCACAAAUUUUUCAAACUCAUGCCAAGAUGAUAUAAAAAAAUUUCAUUGUUACAACACUUCUAUCAUUGAUACAUUGUAUCGAGGACGUGUAUUGGAAUGCCUUCAAUCUAAUAUAGAUAAGCUUUCUCCAAAGCAAUGUUUACCUUUAGUUUAUAAACUAUCCGAGUGGCAAGCAGAUAAUAUUAAAUUUGAUUAUUCCCUUCAUAUGGCCUGCUUAAAGGACAAAGAGAAAUUAUGUGCUGACAUCCCAACUGGUAGUGGUCUUGUUUACAACUGUCUUGCUGGACAUAUUGGUAGCGGACAAAUGUCGCUUCCGUGCCAAAAUCAACUUUGGAGAAGAGAAAAACUGAUUUCUGGUAAUAUUAGAGUCAGUAAAGGAUUAACUAGAGCAUGUAGAGAAGAUAUCCGCACAUACCGUUGUCGAAGAUUAGUAUCUGACGAUAAGGAUGUACGCUUGGCACAACUUUUGCUGUGUUUAGAAAAUGCUAUACAUAAUGGCAGUAAAGUAUCCUCUGAUUGUCAAUUUGAAUUAAUGGAACAUCGAAAAUUGUUACUCCAAAAUCACCAUUUAUCUCCAGAGGUUGUGUCAACGUGUUCUAAUGAUAUUGAAAAAUAUUGUAGAAAUAAUGAAGUUAGCAGACGAACAAUUCAUUGUUUAAUGGAUCAUUCUAAGCCAUCACGUCAAAAAAACCGUAUAGAUAAAGCUUGUCAAAAAUCGUUACAAAAACUUAUGCGCAUCACAAAUAUUGGUGAAGACUGGAGAGUAGAUCCUGUACUCCAAGAAAUGUGUCAGUCUGAAGUUGAUAAAUAUUGCUCUGAUAUACCUCCUGGUUACAACAGGGUGAUAUCUUGUUUGUUGGAAAAGUUAUUUGUGGGAUCAGUUCAAGAUAAGUGCAAGAACGCAUUACUGCCAGUUCAAUAUUUUAUCAAUCGCGAUUUCACAUUAGACCCUGCAUUAUAUCAAGCAUGUUAUUCGGAUGCAUCUAGGAUAUGCAAAGCUACUGGAGAUUGGAUUAAAGAAUCUAAAGAAAAUUUGAUUUUGCCAUGUCUUACUCAGUACUAUCGACCCUUUACAUCAUCUUCAACUGGAGCAAAAUAUAAAUUAAAACCAAAAUGUAAAGAUCAAGUACGAAAAGUUAUGAUACAAAGAGCUAUUAGUGUAGAUCUAAACCCAGAAAUUGCUGAAGCAUGUAUUAAGGAUCUUCCAAACUUUUGUCACGAGAAAACUGGUGUCGGAGAGGAAAUGCUCUGUCUACAAGACCACUUUAAUAACAAAAAGAUGACCAAAGAAUGUAAGGAAUCUAUUAGGCUAUGGACAGAAGCACAAGCUGAAGAUAUUCAGCUAAACCCUGUUAUUAGAUUACAUUGUAAACCAUUCAUUCAACAAUUUUGUUCGGCUGAACUCUUAUCUAAAGAUGAAAUUGGUAAAAAUGAUGUAAUGGACUGUUUGAUCAAAAAUAAAAACGAUCCAGAAAUGAAAACGGAAUUAAAAUGCCGUGCUGCUGUGGAACAUUUUCAAUUGAUAUCUAUGAAUGAUUACCGUUUUACUUUAUCAUUCAAAGAAGCUUGUCGAUCAACUGUUAUUAGGUAUUGUCCUAAGUCUCGAACCAAACCAGAGGUUGUAGCAUGUUUAAGUGAAGUAGUACGCAAUGAUACUAUAACGGACUCUAAACAUAAAGUUACAAAACCAUGCCGACAACAAUUACGUUCCCAGUUAUUACAGCAACGUGAAUUCUUAGAUCUAGACCCGGUUUUAAAAAAUGCAUGUCAAAAUGAUAUUGCAAAACAUUGUUCUAAUAUGGAAUCUGGUUCAGCACAGGUUUUAGUGUGUCUUGAAAUGAACAAAAGCUUAUUGUCAGAUCAAUGUCAUAGAGUAAUAUUUUUAAUACAGCGACAAGAUUUGACCGACAGUUCAUCAGAUUAUGUUUUGUUAACAAAAUGCCAUAAAAUGUUGCAACUAUAUUGUAAAGAAGAAAAUUCCUCUCGAGCUUUAAGCUGUCUAAAGAAAUUCAAACAUGAUCUGACGUUUGAAAAACAAUGUCAGUCCCUUGUAAUUCAACGUAUGAUUGAACAAAGUGAUGACUAUCGACUUGAUCCAGCACUACAUCAUAGUUGUCAAGCAGACAUAAAUUUAUAUUGUAGUCAAAUAUUGGCUAAAUUACGCCCAGAGUCCGAGUAUAAUGGAAAAGUGUUACAAUGUUUAAAAGAUAAGUUUCGGCAAAGAAAACUUAAGCCAGAAUGUGAGAAACAAGUAUCUAUUACUUUACGUGAAUCAGCAUUAAAUUACAAACUAAAUCCAUUGUUACGAAGUCUUUGUACAACCGAGAUUAAAGAGCUCUGCCGAAAAGAAGAGCACAACGAAGGCAAUGGUGAUAUAGAAGAUUCUGGACAAGUGGAAGAAUGUUUAAAACAAGCAAUGAGUCAUGGGUUAAUAGAAAGUCGGGCUUGUCGUUUAGAAGUAGCUGGAUUGAUUGAAGAAUCCAAGGCUGAUAUAAAUGUAGAUCCAUUGUUGCAACGAGCGUGUUUUCUAGAUAUUACCAAGUACUGUGAUGAAGUUCCUCAAGGAGCUGGAAGACAUUUACAAUGCUUACAAACUGUUGUUCAAUCCAAAACUAAAACGCUCAGUGCCAAGUGUCAUGACAUGCUAUUGCAGAGGAUGGAAAUGUUUAAAAACGCUAAAGCAUUGAUUUAUCCAGAGAGUUUACAACAGUUGUACGGACAAGUCGCCAAGUCACCUUCCAAGAAAUACCUAAUAGUAGUUUUGUUCACUUUCACGGGACUAAUAUUUAUAGUUGGUUUGUUUUGUGGUCGUGUUAGUCGAAGAAGUGCAAUUUCUAAAAAAAAAUAGAUGAUAUUAUUUUGUUAUCGGCUAAUACUAAUAAGUAGCUUAAUUAAAUAUUAAUUAAAUGAUUUUGUGAAUCUCUCUUUAUAAUAUAUAUAUAUAUACAUUUUAAGUGGAUGUGUCCAUUAUACAAUAUGCUAUUUACUGUUAGAUGCAUUAAUGUUAACUAUUAUGAUAGUGGUGAUUUUAGUAUUUUAAUACAAUGAACAAAAUUAUGAUACAAUUUGUGUUAGUUGUUAAUUUUUGUAAUUUUUUUAACAUAAUGUGCGUGCUACAGUUAUUAUCAGUACGGUAUAAAAUGUUUGUAAAAUUGUUGUAAAAAUCCAAUACUAAACAAAUGAAAUACCGAUAAAAUAUCAUAAAUAAUAUCUAUUAUUUUUUGAGAUUCAGCAUCAUCGAAUAUUUUUAUUAGAAUAAAUAAAGUAAAGAAAAUGUAACAAGCUCAACAUUUAUAUUAUAAGUUUUAAUUUUAUAGUUUAUUUCUAUUUAUUUACUUUCUGUUUUUUUUCUAUGUUAUUUUUAGUAUUAGAACCAAAUUUAAAUUAUCCCUGUAAGUCUUAAGACAAUGUCAGCGCCCCAUUUGUUUUCUCUCUCUGGCCCACGCGCAACAUAGACAAAACGUAUUUACGCAAAAUCAUUUUUAUAUGUUUUUAAGAAAUCUUAGAGUAAAAUCACCUAUUACAAAAAAGAUAGAAAAUAAUAUUUUUGAUAGAAUGUCAUAUUGAUUUGUCUAAAUAUUGUCUCAAAACAAUUUGUUUUAGAAGUUGAAUACUAAGUCAAAUAACAAUAAAAUAUAAAAUUAAUAAGUCAUUCUCUCAAAAAUAUUAUUCUCUAUCUUUUUUUUAAUGGGUGAUAUUACUCUAAGAUAACUUAAAAACAUAGAUGAAAUAAUUCUGUGUUAAUGCGUUUCGUCUAUGUUGCGCCCAGAGAGAAAAAAUAAAUAGUGCGCUGACAUCCUCUUAAAAGACAUCACAACAUUAUUAUUUUUUUUUUUUUAAUUUUAAGUUUAUUGGUUUAUUAUUAUAGUCAAAAUAAUGAAAAAUGUUUUGGUAAAAAACCAAAGUUAAAAAAAUUAUAAUUCUACGAGAGUUGAUGAAUAGCCACGUGACCUCAUAGGGCCGACGAUUGAGCAGCCGCCCUUGUUUUACGUGUAAAAGUAGUUUGAUUUAUACAUUGAUUUUAAUGACUUACAAUAGUAUUUCCAUAAUCCUAAGUAUAUUUAUAUGUUAUUAAGACGAUGGUGUUAUUUAAAAUUUAAUAUAUCUUGUUAUUGUAUACAUAUUAUAAAUUAUAAUUAAGUAAAAUUAUUGAGUUUGCGAAUUGCAUCGUAUUGCAGUAUAAAUUAAAUUUUACGAAUAUUUACGGUCAUAGUUUUAUUUACCAUAAAAAAACUAGAAAGCAUAUCAAAUGUAUAAUAACACCUGUGUUAAAAACACAAAAAACACUUAAGGAGGUUACAUUAAAAAAAUAAAAAAUAAAUAUUACCUUUAGUGAUUGAAGUUGUUGUAUUAAUCUAGACACUUUUACGCAUAAAACAUAUGCCACCAGUCAACUUUGGCUUUAUGAUGUCCCGCUCAUAUUUUCAAACACUUGUAUCUCAUUAAAUAAUUAGUGUUAAAGUGUACGAUCCACACCAUAUUUCUUAAAUAAUAACAUACUUUAAAUCUAAGCAAACUUGUUUUUAGUGUUGUGAUGUCAUUUAACAUGACCAAACAUUAAUUUUAAUUGUAUUCAUAGUAGAAUUUUGUCCUUUACAUUGGGACCAAAAAUAUUAUAUAAAAAGCUGGGUUACCACGAUCGGUGUACUUGCCAAAUAUUUGUCACUUGUAUAAACAGUCAAUUUGUAUAGUUAUUUAUCACUGCUAAGUCUCCCGAGGAUAGUCAGUAAAUGUGUCACAAGUCAAAAGAAUUGAAUUUACCAUUGAAUAUACUUGAAAAAUGUACCAUUUAGAACUCUUUAUACGUAAAUUACUGGCCCAUUUGGUUAUUUGAGUGGCAAGUUUAUCAGUCUUGGAAACUCGGCUUAUUACUAAUGAGGUUUUUACAUGAUAAACAAUCGGAAAACUGUUGAAAAAAAAUUAAAGGUUUUUACGCUUUUUCUAAUCUUGACAAAAACUAAAGUGAAUAUGCUUCCUUUAAUAUUUUUAAUUAUUUGUAAUGUACAUAAUUAUAAAGUAUAAACCUAUUUAAACAAUAUACAUUAUUAGAUAUUUGUCCUAUUUAAGUGUUUAGUUUAAGGCGUUUAAGCUAAAUAUAAGUAUGAUUAAGAGCACUUGA